CUUGGCUUUGCAUGAGAGACGCAUGUUUGCCAAAGUGGCCCAGGAAUUUGAGCAUGCAUGGGGCGGUUGUGCCCGACGCCGAAGUUUCAUCCCGCCGUCGGGCACGUAGCGGGUGAGGCCAACCCAGCCGCUGGACUUUUACACGGAGAGGACCAAAACCUCGAGCUCAUCGGGAGCGGGGCCCAAAGAAACGUCUUCGCAACCGAUUGGCCAGCGACUCAGGCCCCAGCUGAUACGCAAGCGUGUGGCCGCCACGGCUCUCGUGCCUCAGGGGCUACGCCACUGGGCCGAGGAGUUCCCGUGGCGCGGUACGAUGCAUGCGGCCAUCGCCGUAGCGAUAAUCGUCGGCGUGUGCGUGGCGGCGCUGAUUAUGGCCCAGAGGCCGGAGGUCACACAGCCCAUCUGCGACGAGGACUGCAUGCUAUACACCAAGCUGUUCAAGGAAACCAUGGACUGGUCGGUGGAUCCCUGCCAAGACUUCUACCGCUUCGUGUGUGGCCGCUUGAAGAACAAGUCCUCGGUGCGCCGCCAUAUUAAUAAUCACUUCGUCGAAACGGUCGCCCACAU